GUAUGUGUCCCCCGCCUACUGCCCGUAGUCGACUGGGAUAGGCUCGAGCACACUCGCGACCCUCGUGAGAUGAAAGCAGUUCGGAUAAUGGAUGGAUAGCUGGACGUACCUCGCCCUGCCAUUUAUGAGUUCGUAAAUGGAUAUUCAAAGCGGCAGAUUCGUUCGGACGCCAAAUGGGAACAAUAUUGAUCGCCUGGAUUGUGAAAGCCAAUUGAUCAAGCUGUAAUGAACCCCCAAAAUGUGACCAAUCUGAAAAGCUGAAGGGCGGGGGGCAUGAGAAAGGUUCCCCGUUUUCCCGCUUUGUGUGUCGAAUGUGCCGACAGGCGCCCCAAGAAGCCAACGUUCUUGGCGCAAUGGCGGCCCCCUUUGUUGUUCAGGCUCACUGAGUAAAUGCUUCUUUUCUGCCUUUCUUUCGCACAAUGCAACGACUGCGAGAGGACAUUGCUUCUUCAAAUAACCCCACGAUCGCCUCCUACGACGUCUCCUUGGAAUUGGGAAGCACUUAGUGUCGAUGCGUGAGCCCCGAAAGGCUUCGUGCAAUGCGAUGGAAGUAAUGUAAACCUGAACAGCAUUCGAGCCGGCUGCGGCCGUUGGCGUCAUGGGCCUGGACUUUGAUGUGAAGACCUUCUGCCACAACCUGCGGGCCAGCAAGCCGCCUUACGAGUGCCCCGUGGAGAGUUGCCGGAAGGUCUACAAGAGCUACAGCGGCAUCGAGUACCACCUGUAUCACUAUGACCACGACAACCCGCCUCCUGUGCAGGCCACGCUCCACAAGAAGCGCAAGGGGCGUCCGCCUCGUGUGUCCCUCGCUGGCUCGUUGGAUUUGGAUGAUGGAGGCCUUGGACAAGGAGGGGGGCAGGGGCACGGCGGGAGUAUGACUCACAGCCCCGGACGCUCCGAGCCUUCGCAUUCCCCCGGCAGGGACGCCAUGACGUAUGCCCAAGCGCAGCGGAUGGUGGAGCUGGAGAUCCAAGGACGCGUUCACCGCAUCAACAUUUUCGAGAACAUUGACGUCGUGUCAGAGGAGGACAGCGACGCUGAAGAUGACCCGCCGUCAGUCACCAACUCUGGGGGUGUUUGUAACGGGAGUGACGGAGGAAGCGGCGAGGGAGGAGGCGCUGGCAAGGACCGGCCUGACGUUCCGUCCUCCAACGGGGGCAAAUCCACGCCCAAGUCCGGGAAGCAUAAAAGCAAAGAGAAAAAGAAGGACGGCUCGGCCUAUCACCACGGCGCCCAGUCGGGGCCUGCGGUCAAGCUGCCCGAGGCGGUCUUCCGUGAACUGGAUCAAGACAGGCCUGACGCUCCUCCCCGCCCGUCCUCUUACUACAGGUACAUGGAAAAGUCUGUGGAGGAGCUAGACGAGGAGGUUGAGUACGACAUCGACGAGGAGGACUACAUCUGGCUGGACAUCAUGAACGACAAGCGGCGGAUGGACGGCGUCACGCCCAUCCCUCAGGAGGUCUUUGAGUACCUCAUGGACCGUCUAGAGAAGGAGUCUUACUUUGAAAGCCAUAAUAAGGCAGACCCGAGUACCCUGAUCGAUGAGGACGCCGUAUGUUGCAUCUGCAAUGACGGCGAGUGUCAGAACAGCAACGUGAUCCUCUUCUGCGACAUGUGUAACCUGGCCGUCCACCAGGAGUGCUACGGCGUGCCGUACAUCCCGGAAGGCCAGUGGUUGUGUCGUCGUUGCCUGCAGUCGCCGAGUCGAGCGGUGGACUGCGCCCUGUGCCCCAACAAGGGAGGAGCCUUCAAACAGACGGACGACGCGCGUUGGGCCCAUGUGGUGUGCGCUCUCUGGAUCCCGGAGGUGUGCUUUGCCAACACGGUCUUCCUUGAGCCCAUCGACAGCAUCGAGCACAUCCCUCCGGCACGCUGGAAACUGACCUGCUACAUCUGCAAGCAGCGAGGCUCCGGUGCCUGCAUUCAGUGUCACAAAGCCAACUGUUACACCGCCUUCCACGUCACGUGCGCGCAGCAAGCGGGCCUCUACAUGAAAAUGGAGCCCGUCCGAGAGACGGGGGCCAACGGAACCUCCUUCAGCGUCCGCAAGACGGCCUAUUGCGACAUCCACACGCCUCCAGGAUCCGCCCAGCCCUUGGGGUGCGUCGGCGGCACCAGCGGCGCGUCGUCUCAGAGCGAAGGCGAACCGGAGGAGGACGACGAGCCCUCCGUCGGCCACGAUGACGACUCCAGGGGCUGGAGCUCGGAGCGGGCUAAGAGGGCAAAGGCCAAGUCGAGAAUGAAGAUGAAGCGAGCCAGGAAGAUAUUGGCUGAGAGAAGGGCUGCGGCUCCGGUGGUCUCAGUGCCGUGUAUACCCCCUCAUAGGCUAAGCAAAAUCACCAGCAACUUAACGGUACCCAGGAAGAGCCAGUUCAUGCAACGGCUUCACAGCUACUGGACCCUCAAGAGGCAAAGCCGCAACGGCGUACCACUGCUGCGGCGGCUUCAAACGCAUCUGCAGUCCCAACGACAUAUUGAGCCCGUCCCGCCGCAGCCUUCAGCUCAACUUCCCGUGAGGGACUGCGAGGAGAAACAAACGGUAUUGAAGGAGCAACUGAAGGCGUGGCAACGACUCAGACACGACUUGGAGAGAGCCAGGUUACUUGUGGAACUCAUCCGCAAGAGGGAAAAACUCAAGAGGGAGACGAUUAAAAUGCAGCAGAUGGCGCUAGAGAUGCAGCUGACUCCCCUCCUGGUGCUGCUGAGGAGUACGUUAGAACAGUUACAAGAAAGAGACACUAACAACUUCUUCACUGAGCCCGUGCCCCUUGCAGAGGUCCCGGACUACCUGGAUCAUAUUGACACUCCCAUGGACUUCCAGACUAUGUGGAACCUUUUGGAAUCCCACCGCUAUCUGACUUUUGAGGCAUUUGAGGGUGACUUUGGUCUCAUUGUCAACAACUGCCUCAAGUACAACGCCAAGGACACGGUGUUCUACCGGGCUGCGUUGCGCCUUCGAGAAAUGGGCGGAGUGGUCAUUAAAAGCGCCAGGCGGCAAGCGGACAGGAUCGGCUUUGACUACGAGACCGGCAUGCACCUCCCCCGGGAGGCCAGUCCCGAUACGAGACGGGAACUGGAGAGGGAGCGCCAACGAGAGCGGGAAAGAGAACGAGAUUGGCCGUUGUCAUCUAAUGAAGAUGAGCUCCUGGUGCCGGAGAACAGGCGGCGGCUGCCUUUGGAGGAGCAGCUGCAUUACGUGCAGGCUUGUCUGGAGGAGGCCAGCUCGGGGAAGCACAGCAUCGGCCAGUCCCGCAGAGCCAAAGCUCUCCGCAAGGAGCUCAGCAUCAUCAAGAGGAAGCUGGCACAUCAGCGAGAAGGCGGCUCGGGCGGGCCCAGGGAUUCUCUCGGAGGAGGGGGUGGAGGAGAUCGGGGUUCGCUCCCGCAUCAUCCGUCGUCCACGGGGCACCACGACGAAGGGGAAGAGAGCAGCAGUCAGGAGCUCGGCGGCAAGGAUAUGAGCGCAUCGUCCUCUGCCUUGGCUCCAGAAGUGGGCCGACGGACCUCCGUUCUCUUCUCCAAGAAGAACCCCAAAAUGGCCGGACCUCCCAAAAGGCCCGGACGCCCUCCUAAAAACCGGGAUCCUGGCUACAUUGUAGCAGGGGUCGCCCCCAGUCCCAUCGGGCCUCCGCAGUUGCCCAUGCUGUCGCCGGGCAGGCAAAGGAAGCGUCCCCGCAGCCCCCGCACCAGCUCCACCUCCGACACUGACAGCGAUAAUGACGACCUGCUGCCAGGUCUGCCAAGUAAUGGAUUUGUCGGAGGGAACCAGCCCGUGACGGAGAGCUUCCGCGUGUAUAGAAACGACACGCGUCUUCCGCGUUCCAGCUCCGACUCGGAGUCGACCACCAGCAGCAGCAGCAGCGCCGCCUCCGACCGGACCAGCACGACACCGUCGAAGCAGGGCCGAGGAAAGGCGUCGUUCUCGCGCUCGGCCUUCCAGGAGGACAGCAGCGAGGAGACAUCUGGCACUGAAAACGAGUCGUACUCGGUUGGAGGCUCGCGGGGAGUGUCGCAUUUGGUGCGUGGGCGGGCGCGGGCGGGAUGCUGGAUGACCUCGGAUGAUUACGCAUCAUUGGAGGCGCUGGACCUGGUGUGGGCCAAGUGCAGAGGCUACCCUUCGUAUCCUGCUCUGAUCAUUGACCCCAAAAUGCCCCGGGAGGGCGUGUUCCACCGCGGCGUCCCCAUCCCCGUCCCACCACUAGACGUUCUCAAACUCGGAGAGCAGAUGACCCAGGAAGCACGCGAGCACCUCUUCUUGGUUCUCUUCUUUGACAACAAAAGAACCUGGCAGUGGCUGCCGCGCUCCAAGCUGGUGCCGCUGGGCGUGGACCAGGAGCUGGACAAGGAGAAAAUGCUGGAAGGCCGCAAGUCCAACAUCCGCAAGUCGGUGCAGGUGGCCUACCACCGGGCCAUGCAGCACCGCAGCAAAGUGCAGGGAGACCCCAGCAGCGAGACCAGCGACAGCGACUGAAAGCACACGCACACACGCAUGCACAGGCAGGGUGAUGCCGUGGUCACGAUUGGUACAGUGUGUGCGCGCCUCACUAGAAUUCCCCACGUAAUUAUGAAAACUACAAGCGGGCAUUGGUCGCGCGACUUAGAAACAAUCCACUGUGAUUGUCUUCAAAACACUUUUUUUUUUAAAUCAGAAAUGUGAAAUGAAUGAUGUAUUUAAAUGCGCAAGCCUAAAUGUGUAUAAAGAGGAGGCUAGAAAACUGGCCGUGCAGCGUGCAUGUCAGACGCGCGGCGGACGCAAAGAGCUCGUCCGCAUUCGGACGGCAAACAAGCCACAAAAUGAAUUCCACCUAAUUUAUUCAAUGUGCAGCUCAUUACGAGCUCCUGUGGACACUCAGCAGUCUUUUUAAAAUUUCAUCAGUCCCUCACAAUCAUGAUGUCACUUGUAAUCCCAACACUUCCCGUUUUGAAGAUUUUGUAAUGUCGCAUAGGUUGUUAGGUCAACAGCCAAAGUGAGGCAGCAACACGACCUCGCUGUCUCGUCCCAAGAUGAGCGCUUUACAGUUUUUAUAUAAAUACAGCUCUCAAAAGAAUACCAUUUUAAUAAAAAAAAAGAAAAUCAAACAUCUCA